AUUUUGAAAUCACAUCGCGGAAGUAACCCUGGAAGAAAAGGUCCUCGCGAUUCCCCCACGUGUGCGCCACACUCUCAUGAUUGCGGUGAUGCAGACAAACAUGGGAGAGAUCGAGGACAGCAGCGUGAGACCCAAAGUUACCGAUGCUAAAGGCAUCCUCAAACAGAACCGACAGUUCCUGGAUUACUUCUGGGACAUCGCGAAACCCGCGCGAGAAAUCCGCCUCAAAGCGAUAGAGGACUUGAUUGAACACUUGAAGCAGAGCGAGAAGCCAGAUGAGUUGAAGUAUUCACUGAAGAGACUAGUGGACGGUCUUUCUCACACAAGAGAAGACGCUCGGUCUGGAUACAGUGUUGCACUCGCUCAGCUGCUGAGUGUAUUUGAGGAGAUCUCACUGAAAUCAACACUAGACAGCGUCAAAGAAAAGCACAACCUCCGUAAAGUCAAAAAGAAAUUAAUCAGAAAUGCAGCGUUUGGGAAUUUCUUCGGGGUGCUCGCCCUGUCUCAGUCCACACGUCUGCAUAAGGAGCCGCAGGUCAUGUUGGAGUGUGUGCAGCUCCUGCAGAGUCUGUCCCAUUACAGAGAACAUCUGAGAGACCUGCCCAGAAAAACCAUGGUCGACAUCCUGUCAGAGACGUCGAAGGAGGUGUUUGAAGAGGUGCUCCUUAGCGCCCUGCAGUCUGACCUGACCUCUGCACUCAACACCCCCGAGCAGCUAGAGCUCCUCCUGGUGGCCAUGCAGAAGUUUCCCUCUGUACUCAAACCCAAAAAACUCAAGAAACUAUUGGGAACCACAGCAGUCAUUACUAAAGAGAACAUGCCAAAGCUGGUGGAGGUUUUAAAGAUGGCUGCUCGCUCUGUGAAGAAGGACAACAUUCUGCCCCCGGUCGCGUUUGACUUGUUACAGGCUUCUCUGCGGGAGGACAACUUCGAGAUGUUCUGGAAUGAAGCCAUUAUCAAAGGCAUGCUGUCAGAGAUGCCUGGUCCCACACAUUAUUUGAGUUUCCGGUUGUUGGGAGCAUCUCUGCCGCUGCUGUCAGUCCCUCAGCUUGAGUUUGUCCUGUCCGGUGAUGUGAUAAGAUACUACGGUCAACACAUGCUGUCCGCACAGUUGGCAGACCGAUUCAAGUUUGCUCCAGAAAUGGAGAAGUACGUGAGUGAGUUCAUGCAGAGCUGCGCUGACCCUGACAAACAGCUCGCCGUGGUGCUCUGCUUCACUCAGCUCACUAACCAGGGCUACCCCGUGGUCCCGUCCUCCUGGAAGGAUCUGGAGCACAUGGAUCUGUCAGCGCUGCAGCAGUACGUGGAGUGGCUGAUGGAGGCCUUCUGCAAGCCACAGCUGGAGAAGUGCCUGGACUUCAGCACACGCAGACAGAAAGGAAAUCAAGAGUCUGAAGUAGAGAGUGACAGCUGUGUUGCCAGGUUUCGUAAAUGGAUCGUUCCACGCCUCUGUUUCAUUGUGGAAAACCAUCAGAUUAAGAAAGAGGAGGUUCUUGUCAUGAAAAUGGCUAGGUUUAUUUUCUUCCACGCCUUCUUUGAUGUGAAGAAACCCACUCCAGAAAUCCCUGAGACGGUGCAGGCUCUCUCGGUGCCCAUAGAUCAACAAACACGAGCCUCCAUCUCUUCAGCCUUCUACGGUCUUCUGCAGGGCCUGAACUCAAUGGUUGUGUUGGGAGAUUCUGCUGAGGCGGAGAAGCUGAACUCCAGGAGGAUUCUGGGUGUUAAAGCUGAUGGAAGCAUGUGGAUCUACUGUCUGGUCCAGUACGCCACCAUGCUGCUCAACCAGAGCAAAUACGUCCAGAGCGUUCAGACCUUCAGUUCAGAGCAGAGGCAGGGCUGGGACAGUAUGCUGGAAUCAGUGGAGGCCUUGAAGAAAAAAGCAAAGAAGUCGUCUUCCCCUGAACACACAGCAUUUCAGCACCUCUUCCUUCUCGUUGGGAUUCAGAUGUUCAAGGCUCCAGAUGAAAGUUUGGAGCUGUUGAAUGAUUUGCGGACCUGUGUGGAGAAAGCUCAGGCUAAGAAAUCUAAAAAGAAGAAAGCGAAUGGCAAGAGCUGUGAUGAGGAGCCGCACUGGGUGGAGGUGGUUGUUGAGAUCCUGCUGUCGCUCCUGUCUCAGCCCAGUCGACUCUUUCGCAGUGUGUGUAAAUCUGUGUUUAGUCGUAUCUGUCCUCACCUCACACAAGAAGCUCUCAGCUCCAUCCUGAACGUCCUAGACCCCAACAAGGAUGAGGAUGAAAGCGGCGUUAUGGUGACUGAUGAGAAGGUGAAAGAAAAAAAGAGAAAACAUAAAGAGGAGGAAGAGCAAGAUGAUGAACAAGGUGAUGAGGAGGAUGAAGAGGGUUCUGAUUCCUCUUCCUCUGAUGAUGAUGAGGAGGAGGAUGAAGCCAUGGAGGAAGGAGAAGAUGUGGAUCAGAACUUCCGUUUGGAUUUGAUGAAGGUUCUGCAGGGUCAGAACGCUCUGGCCACUGAAGAGGAUGGCAGCGAUGAAGAGGAACUGGAUGAUGCUGCCAUGAUGAAGCUGGACGGAAGCCUGGCUACUCUCUUCCUGGAGCAGAAGAAAAAGAUCCAAGCCAAAAAAGACGAGAAGGACAGAAUGCGCAAAGAAAAGGUCCUCGUUCGGGACUUCAAGAUUAAAGUACUGGACAUGGUGGAGAUGUUCUUGAGCAAACAGGGGAGCAGUGCUCUGGUUCUUGGGAUGGUGGAACCGCUGCUUGGCGUGAUCGAGAACGGGAUGAGCUCCGAAACCAGCCAACAGGAGCAGGACUUCCUGCGCAAGGCUGCAGACAUCUUCAGGAAUCGACUCUGUCGUGCGAAGUAUUACUGCAGGGAAAUCGACGGACGGGAGGUGGAGCUUCAUGAAAUGCUUGAGCGUCUGAUUGGUCGAGCCCAGAAACUGACAGACUCGUCUGUGUCUCUGUACUACUUCAGUGCUGCUCUCUAUGUGCUGAAGGUGUUAAGAGGCGUUGUGAGUGAACAGGACUCAGCAAACGCACCGUCAACUCCGGCAGAGCUAAGGCUAAUGGGUAAAGUGGAUGUUGAGAGGGUCACGACUUGCUUCAGAAAUGCGUUGACAUCUUUCAUGACGAAGAGGAAAAGCCCUCUCACUGGAGCCAUGUUCAUCGACCUCUUCAGCAGAUUCCCUGUGCUGUGUGUGAACCUCCUGGACACGGCUGUGGAGAACAUCACUGCUGGAGUGAGGGAACAUCAGCAGGGUCAGGCAUGUCUCAUGGUGCUCAGGGCCCUGCAGUCUAAAGACGUGAAGAACCUGAUGUCUGAUGCCCAGGGAACUGAGCUGUAUCAGAAAGUUGUGGACCAACUCUCCAAGAGUUUUGAAGAUGUACAGUGUAAGAAUAAAACGGUUCGUGAGAAGAUAGUCAAGGCGCUAGAGCUCUGUCAGCAUCUUGUCAGAUCCGUUCACAAUCAGAAGAUGCCGGUUAAUCUGGAGCUCCUUCAGAAAGUUCUCAAGUCCAUGAACACUGAAGGAAGCCUCCAGAAACCAGGACAGCUGGAGGACACGUACUGGAGCGUGAUGAAGUCAUUUGGCAUUCUAAAGCCAAAGAUUGAAAAGGUGAAGAAAGUUGUAGAGGCAGAGCAGACAGAAGAGACCACAAAGAAGAAUAAGAAGAAGGGGUUCCUUCCUGAGUCGAAGAAACGCAAGAACCGUAAGAAGCCCACGGUCCUGGAGGGAAAAGAGACGCCAGCCUCCACAGAAACUGCUGAAGGAGCGUCAGCGGCAUCAGGAAAGAAGAACAAGAAGAAAAACAAGAAGAGGAAACAGCAGGGAGGAGAAGUACAAGAGACACAAAAUCAGCCAGCCAUGAAGAAAGCCAAAACACCGCCGCAACAAAACAAGAAAAAGAAAGGAAGACAGCAGGAAGCUGAUGGGAAAUAAUUGGACAAUAUGAUGUAACUGAACACAGGACUGAUUACAGAAGUUAUUCUGUAGAGGGUUGCUGUUUGUCCUCUGCAGCCCUAACUCUGAGCCUGGCCUUCAGAAAUCUGCUGAUUUCAAGAAGAGCCAUUCUGUUCAGAGAAAUUAGCCAAUGUGAAGAGAGAAACUCUUAUUGUUUCAGAGAUUUGUUUUAGUUGCCUGUUUGUGAUUACUUGCAUGAGACAAUUUUUGUAAAAGCAAUAGAUGAAAUACUAAAAGGUGUUUUAUUCGUAA